UGCCGCUGCCGCCGCCGGGGAAACCCAGCUCGCCGGGCUGGGAAGCGGGCGGGGGAUGCAGCAUGGCCGCGGUGCUGGCCGAGUCGGUUUCCAGCAGCGGCAGUUGCGGCGUGGAGGGAGCUGCGGGCGCCGGCGGGGGAAGCAGCAGCAGCAGCAGGCACGAGAAGAGCUUGGGGCUCCUCACGACGAAGUUCGUGUCUCUCCUGCAGGAGGCCAAGGACGGUGUGCUCGACCUGAAAGCGGCUGCUGAUACUCUUGCAGUAAGACAAAAAAGGCGUAUCUAUGAUAUCACCAAUGUGCUGGAAGGGAUAGAUCUAAUUGAAAAAAAGUCAAAAAACAGCAUCCAGUGGAAAGGCAUAGGUGCCGGCUGUAAUACGAAGGAAGUUGUAGAUCGACUAAGGUAUCUUGAAGCAGAAAUUGAAGAUCUGGAACUAAAAGAAAAGGAAUUGGAUCAGCAGAAAUUGUGGUUACAGCAAAGCAUUAAAAAUGUUAAGGAAGACUCCACAAAUAAAAGUUUUUCAUAUAUCACUCAUGAAGAUAUUUGUGACUGUUUCAAUGGGGAUACGCUGCUAGCAAUUCAGGCACCGUCUGGUACACAGUUAGAAGUACCUGUACCUCACCUGGGCCAGAAGAAAUACCAGAUCAAUUUAAGCAGUCACUCCGGGCCUAUCCAUGUACUGCUCAUCAAUAAAGAAUCUGGUUCCUCUAAGCCAGUAGUUUUUCCAGUUCCUCCACCAGAUGACCUCAUUCAAUCUCCAUCUCAAGCUGUGGUUCCAUUGACUUCUCCUAAACUGAACUCUGAUCAACAAAACUUAAAAAACAAUAAAGACACUAGUCAGGAGCAAUCCCUUUCACAGACACCAGUCAUAGAUAUGCCAACAGAUAGAAGUUCUCAAGAGAAUACAACUCCUGAAACUCUUUAUGGCAGCAUUCCAGAUUCUGAGCUAUAUGACAGUCUUGUAACAGAAACUACGCCGAGCUCAAAUACUUGUCAGCCCUUCCUUCCACUGGAUGUUAAUAGUAUCCUCAAACCCAACUCAUUUGAUCUAGCAAAAAUAGAUGAGCCUGAAGGUAUAAUUAAUAGUGAUAUCAUUGAUGAGCUGAUGUCCUCUGAUGUGUUUCCGCUGUUGCGGCUCUCUCCUACACCUGGCGAUGAUUACAGCUUCAACUUGGAUGACAAUGAAGGAGUCUGUGAUCUCUUCGAUGUGCAGAUACUGAACUAUUAGAUUUCAAUGCAGCCAGAGUGCCUCAUCUACCUCUAACUAAAUAAUAUUGUAGACUGUUUCAUAACACACAAUAAUGAAUGCAAGAUUUUUGCAACUCACCAACACCAGAAGUGCAUAUUCCUAUUUCUGUAAGCAACGUCUUAAACAAAAUACAACUGGCUUUUUAAAUAGGAUCACAGAAGUUAGUAUUCUCAAAUGCAGGUACACUGAAAACUGGUUUCAUCCUUUUAAAAAAAAAAAAAAGCAGAGAAUCAGUUUCAUAGCUCCCUUAUUCCUGCUAGUAAAAUAAUCUAGACAUUAAACACACUGCUGCAUUUUAUUCAUACUUGCAGUCAUUCUAAAACUCUGGCCAGUUUUGUUUUGUUUAAUUUUUCACUGCCAGUUGUAAAAUGGAAGGGCAUUAGGUAAGUUAUGCUGUUUUGUUUCACUUAAUUCAUUUCGUGGGGUGCCUUCUUAAUUAGCACUUUAAGUUUCUCCUUCUCCCUCCCUGCCUCCCCUUUUCAAAAACUUCGGA